AUGGAAAAACAUCACCCUAAAAUAUUGAUUCUCGGCGGGACUGGCAAGGUCGGCAGUCAGAUCGCAAGGCUCUUCGCGGCAACUUCGAUUCCAACCUACCAAGCCUCCAGAAGCGGGGCAUCCACAGAACCAGGUGCCAGCAACAUCAAACCCAUUGUCUUCGACUGGGAGGAUGAGAAGACGUGGGCGGCGGCUUUGGACGUCGGCGCGACAAGCGUCUUCCUUGUUGCCCCGCCCAUCUUGGACAUGCUGCCGCCGAUGCAGUCUUUCAUCGACCAGGCGCGAAUCAAGGGACGCACCAAGAGAUUCGUCCUGUUGAGCUCAAGUUCUAUCGAGCCAGACCUCAUCGGCUUCGCGAUGGGUCGGCCGCAUGCGUAUCUGAAGGGGCUUGGCGACAAGGAGAAUUUUGCCGCGCAAGAUAACCAUCGCAAGUCGAUUGUAAACGAGAGCACGAUAUACUCUGCUACGGGGGACGGGAAGAUACCUUGGGUUGCGGCCGAGGACAUUGCAGCGGUCGCAUACCAGCUCCUUAUCCAAGAGGAUGCGCCGAACGAUGAAUACGUCAUCCUUGGGCCUGAGUUGCUCAGCUACGAUGAUAUUGCCGAUAUUCUUUCCGAUAUUCUUGGCCGGAAGAUCGUACAUAAAAGCCUCUCGGCGUUGGAGCUCGUAGAGCGAUUCGCCAGCCAGGGCAUGCCCCGAGAUUAUGCGGAGAUGAUGGCUGGCCUGGACACGGCCAUCAAGAAUGGCAGCGAGAACAGGACGAAUAGCGUCGUCCUCGCACUGACGGGGAAGCAGCCAAGAAAGUUUCGAGAUACCGCUGAGAAGCACAAAGGUGUCUGGGCUAUGGUGGCGUGA